AUGUCUCCAGCCAGCGUUCGAGCUCUCCCUUGCGGUUCAGGCUUAGUCUCUCCACAAAGCAAGCUUGAUCUGUGCUCUUCCCUUGCCGUCGGGAUGGUUCAGAUUAGUGAUUGCGGCCUGAGCUUCUUCUCUCGCCACCAACAUCUUGAUCCUCCUCAGGUUUUCACUUCUGUUACAUCACUCUACCCAUGUGCAUUCUCCCGAGAAGUUAUGUUGACUGUCCAGGUACUCUCCUCAAGAAAACUUUGUUGCAUAAUGUGGGUUUCCUACUCUUAUUUAAAUCAAAGGGGUUUGAUAGAGGUUGAUUGGGUCUUUGGUCUUCGGUUGCUUGGUCUCUGUGCGUUGGUAGCUUCUUAUGUCCUCUCAAGGAUUGGUUUAGUACAAGUGGUAUGCACGGUACCUUCAGCCACUCUCUUGUCUCAGUUCAUGUGCGCACCUUGAGGUGGUUGGGUUUUGCUCAUUCUAAACGGUUUUUGGACUUCUUUCGCCUUUGUGCUUAUCUCCUCUGUUUGGGUUAUUACCCUAGAAGCUAAGAAUAAGCUUGC